AUGUCUGAGACUUCUGCCGCCUGGCCCCUCGCCGAUGAGGCCCUUACCCAGAACCUCCUGGACCUUGUCCAGCAGGCCGGUCACUACCGCCAGCUGAAGAAGGGUGCUAACGAGGCCACCAAGACUCUUAACCGUGGUACCUCCGAGCUCGUUAUCCUCGCUGCCGACACCUCUCCCCUCGCUAUCCUCCUCCACAUCCCCCUCCUUGCUGAGGACAAGAACACCCCUUAUGUCUUCGUGCCCAGCAAGCUUGCUCUCGGCCGUGCUACCGGUGUUUCCCGCCCCGUGAUUGCGGCCAGUAUCACCACCAACGAGGCCAGUGACCUCCAGGGCCAGAUCAAGACCAUCAAGGACAAGGUCGAGAGACUGAUGAUCUAA